AUGUCCGGUCCAGGUGAUUUCGUAUCAGAUAAUCUCGCGUCAGGUGGUGCAGUGUGCGGGACAGCAGUAGCUGCAGGGGCGCAAGAAACAUCGAGUAGCGGCACUCCAGCGAAGAAACCCAAGAAAGCAUGUCGCGCCAGAACUGGUUAUAUGUUAUUCCAUGGUGAAGCGAGAAAACGCAUCAGAGCAGCACAUCCUGAAUUGAACUUUGUUGAAGUGAGCAAACGUGUCGGGGAAGAGUGGGCUAAAGUAUCAGCUGAAGAAAAAAACAAAUAUAAAUUGCGUGCAGAACAGAUUGCGAAGGAGGCAAAAGAGGACGAUAGUCAAAAAAUCAUUUUGCCGCCUCCUGGAAGGAUUCUUGUUUAUCAAUGUAUGUGGCAGAAAUGUGACAUCCAAGCGGAUACAUCUGAUGCUCUUUACGAACAUAUCAAAACUACACACAACAUGGAAUACUUCUCACAGGGCGAAAAACGUUAUGCUUGUUUAUGGUCUACAUGUUUCAGAAACAAACGAUAUCCAAGAUCAUUUUCACUGCUGCCUCACCUACAGCAGCACAUUAAAUACAAACAUUUGCCAAGGUGUGCACGAUUUAUCACACCAGAUAAGAAAAGCAAGAACUUCUUCAGUUUGACGUCAUCUGCACCCACACCUACAACUGAAUCUACCAGUUCAGUGAGAUCAUAUGCACGAAAGACACAUCCUUUAGUUACCCUUCACACACCAUUUGUCUUACCAUCCUCGCAUGGGCAAAUGCAAAUAGCUCCAGCAUUUAUGAUCCCACAACAACAGUCCAGUAAUUUUCCACAAGAUGGUUUUGCUUAUGCAUUGAACGCCAAUGCAUCGGCACAGUCGUUCGCCGAUGGUAGUGUCGCCAUAGCGAUGCUGGAAGAAGGAAACAAAGGUCCUACGAACUCUGAAUCAUCAGCACUUCAGCAGGCAUUUUAUUCAGGACAGCAGUAUUUGCAAAAUUCGAACAGUGCUUGGACGGUUCCUAAUAAAGGUACUCGAUCUCCGGAAUUUAACAAUGGAUAG